AUGGUGGUCGUCGAUCCGCGAACCGUUGCGAAAACUGAAAGGCUGCUCUUGCGGCCUCUGAAGCUUGAAGAUGCUGAAGAUGUGGUGCUUAUGCACAAGCAUCCGGAGGUGAUGAAGCAUACGGCUAUACUGCCAAGCGACGACCUCGAGAAGACCAGACAAUGGAUACAAGGCUGCCAUGACAGAGACGACUGCUGGAAUUUCGUAAUCGAGCUUCUACCGUCUAGGAAGGCUAAAUUCGUGAGCGCACAGCCAGCAGCAGACCACGCGGAAACGCACCCUUCGUCCACCAAGCAGUCACGCGAGCAGCCAGAACCACGCGUCAUUGGGCUCAUAGGAGCUGUACGAGCACCUGAAGUUGGCUACAUGCUCAACGCGGAUCAUUGGGGCAAAGGCUACGCGACUGAGGCCAUGAAAGCAUUCAUGCCGCUCUUCUUCGACCACUUCUCGGGUGGAGACAACGAAAAGUACGAGUACGCCGAAGCACAUACAGAUCCAGAGUUGGAAAGCAGUCAGAGAGUUCUUCGGAAGGUUGGAUUUGAGUUGUUUGAGAAGAGAUACCAAGACUUCGAAAAUCCGAUUCUUGGGUGGAGGGAUACCUUGGUUUUCAGGAUGGCUCGACCAGAUAGCCAGAGUUCAGUUACGCCCAAGACCAUCUAG